GCUCAGCCCUACGGUUUACAGCAGCUGCGGACACAGCCUUAGGUCACAUCAGGAUGUCAGACACCGAAGAGCAGGAAUAUGAGGAGCAGCCAGAAGAAGAGGAGGCUGCAGAGGAGGAGGAGGAAGCCCCUGAGGAGCCGGAGCCGGUGGCAGAGCGAGAAGAGGAGCGCCCCAAACCAAGCCGUCCUGUGGUACCUCCUUUGAUCCCCCCAAAGAUCCCAGAAGGGGAGCGUGUUGACUUCGAUGACAUCCACCGGAAGCGCAUGGAGAAAGACCUGCUGGAGCUGCAGACGCUCAUCGACGUGCAUUUUGAGCAGAGGAAGAAAGAGGAAGAGGAGCUCGUUGCGCUGAAGGACCGCAUUGAGCGGCGCCGGUCGGAAAGAGCCGAGCAGCAGCGCUUCCGCACGGAGAAGGAGCGCGAGCGUCAGGCUAAGCUGGCGGAGGAGAAGAUGCGGAAGGAAGAGGAAGAAGCCAAGAAGCGGGCGGAGGAUGAUGCCAAAAAGAAGAAGGUUCUAUCCAACAUGGGAGCCCACUUUGGGGGUUACCUGGUGAAGGCAGAACAGAAGCGUGGUAAGCGGCAGACAGGACGGGAGAUGAAAGUGCGGAUCCUGUCUGAGCGUAAAAAGCCUCUGAACAUUGACUACUUGGGGGAGGACCAGCUCCGGGAGAAGGCCCAGGAGCUGUCGAACUGGAUCCACCAGCUGGAGUCCGAGAAGUUUGAUCUGAUGGAGAAGCUGAAGCAGCAGAAAUAUGAGAUCAAUGUGCUGUACAACCGCAUCAGCCACGCCCAGAAGUUCCGGAAGGGGGCAGGGAAGGGUCGCGUUGGAGGCCGCUGGAAGUGAGAACGCCAGGACUGAGGUCCACCUUGAGACAACCAGGAGCCAUCGGAGUAUUUGUCCUAUCUGUAGCUUGAAAUAAAUGCUCCCCCUGCAGGCAAAAAAAAAA